AUGGCUGUGAAGAAGAUAAAUGGAUAUCCUGAAGGCACUCUGCCUGAGGAGCUACUUAAGCUGCUACAAUCAAUAGCCUCGAACCGGGGAAAUUCGAUGGAUAUUGCAAAUCUAAAGGUUGUUCAGUUGAGCGGGGCGAUGACAAAUGAGAUAUACCGAAUAAGCUGGACCACAGACUCCGAUGAUGAUCGUCCAAACACAGUUCUUGUCAGAAUGUACGGUGAAGGGGUCGACCACUUUUUCGACCGUGACGAUGAAAUUCGGACCUUCGAGUGCCUCUCGGCAAACGGUCACGGCCCUAAACUCUUGGGCAGGUUUCGUGAGGGGAGAGUCGAAGAGUUUAUUCAUGCAAGAACUCUAUCGGCAGCAGACCUUCGCGAUCGAGAAACAUCUGCUCUAAUAGCUUCGAAAAUGAGAGAGUUUCAUAAUUUGGAUAUGCCUUCGCCCAAAAACGUUGUCUUGUGGCAACGGUUAAGAAAAUGGGUGAAUGUGGCGAGAGAUUUGUGUUCGCAAGAACAUGUAAAGGAAUAUCGGCUCGACAGCUUAGACGAAGAAAUCAGCUUACUAGAGAAGUUCGUAUCGCGGGACGGGCAAGAGAUUGGAUUUUGCCAUAAUGAUUUGCAAUACGGUAACAUUAUGAUCGAUGACCGGAAUAAAACCAUCACCAUAAUCGAUUAUGAGUAUGCGAGUUACAAUCCGGUGGCGUAUGAUAUAGCAAAUCACUUCUGUGAGAUGGCCGCAGAUUAUCACACGGAUACGCCUCACGUCUUGGACUACGAUAAAUAUCCCGGUUCAAAUUUUGAACAUUCAAUAUUUAGAGUAAUUAAUUAUGCAGGGCAAACAAAUAGUGUGACGAGCUUGGAUGAGCUUGAAGACGACAUAAACAAGUACACUCUGCCAAACCACAUCUUCUGGGGACUCUGGGCCUUAAUCUCGGCGUACGUUAACCAUAUCGAGUUUGAUUACUUGGAAUACGCAAGACAGAGGUUCGAGCAAUAUUGGUCGAAAAAGAAGGAGAUCUUGAACCUGCAACAAUGUCCGGGGACGAGAGUUGUUUGUUAA